AUGGAGCUCAAGUUACUUUUAGUUGUGGCCCUUGCGGCUUCAACACAGGCGGAUGUUAUAACUGGUAUUACACGCAUCAACAAAUUUCAAAGAGACUCGUGUUCAAGAACUUGUUCAAGCACAAAUAAGUUUGGCUACAAGCCAGGGAAGUCAUACGAGUUUGAUUACAAUGUAAAAACAUCUACCGGUGUGAAAGGAGCAUCAGAAGGAUCGUCCGGAAUGGAACUAACGGCUAAGGUUCAUGUGGAGGCAGUUUCCAAAUGUGAUUUUGUUCUGAAGAUUGAGGAUGUGCGACUGCACGAAACAGACCCAACGAACUAUGAAAGGAUGAUAUUGUCAGAGGGAAGUGAAGAACUUCGUCGUGUCUUAGAGAGGCAUGAUCUGCGAUUUUCCUUCCAAGAUGGAAUCGUAGAAGAGCUAUGUCCAUCUUCGGACGAAGUCACCUGGGCACUGAACAUCAAACGGGGUAUAUUGUCUGUCUUCCAGAACAGCAUGGAUGACCUCAGACGUGACCAGAAAACAACAGAGUCUGACGUCAAUGGCAACUGCGAGGUCGAAUACAGAACAGAUUACGGCCAACAUGGCUAUAUGGUGAGGAAGACAAAGAACCUGCUCGGGUGCACAGAACGUAACGACUACAGUACAUCAGUCCAGAGCAUUCCGUACAUAGUCUCUUCUGAAAACCAAGCCAUACCUCUCAUUUACAGCGAACACGAAUGCCAACAGGAAAUUUCAGCGGAAGGAUUACUGAAGGCUGCAAGCUGUGUAGAAUCCCAUAUAUUCAGACCGUUCUCACGUGAGGGAAGUGGUGCAGUAACCGAGAGCAAGCAGACACUCAGCUUUGUUCAGGAAUCAGUUGCGUCGUCCAUACCAGGUCGACGAGGAAUAACGUUCGAGCACGCCUAUGAUGCCGACAAAUCAAUACGUUCCCAGGUUGAACUAGAAGCUAAACUGAUGGAGGUUUGUGAAAACACAAGACAGGAUAUACGUCCAGAAACACCAACACUUUUCUCGGACAUGGUGUACCUGAUGAAAACCGUUGACGUACAGUCUCUUCGAAGAGUCUAUCAGAAACUCCGAACUGGGAGUUUGUGCGCCAACAACAUAAAGAGAGUAAAGAAGUUUUUCUUGGACGCAAUACCAAUGACAGGAACUAGUGCUUCGUUGAGUAUGCUUACGGAACUAAUUAACAGUCAAGAGAUCACAGGUAUAGAGGCUGAUAUGUGGCUUACAACACUCUCCUUCAUCCAGCAUCCAACAAAAGACAUGCUGAGAGAGGUCACGCCACUUAUUUCCAAGGACAACGGGAAAGCCAUGCUAGCCGUUGCAUCCCUGGUUCACAACUUCUGUCGAAAAAGAACGUGCGGAAAUGACAUGGAUGUCAGCAACAUCAUAUCAACAAUCGAGGGGAAAAUCGAAUAUGGUUGUAACGUCGACGGAGACAAAUUACAAAAGACCAUUAUGAGCCUUCGAGCACUUGGUAAUGCUGGGCAUGCUACUCGUGCUGUUCAAACUAUCAACAGCUGCUUAACCAAGACGGAAAACCCAACAGAAGUCAGACUCGCUGCCAUAGAGGCAUUUAGACGCAUGCCAUGCGAUGCUGAUAGAGGUGAAGUAAGAACAACAUUUGCCAAUAAAGAAGAAGAUUCUGAGAUCAGGAUCGCCGCCUAUCUUGCCCUGAUGCAAUGUGCAAAUACUCAAACUAUCGAUCUCGUUAAACACCAACUGGAAAACGAAGAUGUUAACCAAGUUGGAUCGUUCGUCUGGUCCCAUCUUUCUAAUCUCAAAGAAACAUCAAACAUCCACAGACAAGACAUUCGAGCGAUUCUGCAGAACGAAGAGUUGAGGAGUAACUUCGAUCUCGACAACAGAAAAUUUUCCCACAAUUACGAGAAAUCCAUUUUCUUGGAGAAGCUGAAUGCUGGAGCGUCAGUUGAGAGCAACCUGAUCUGGUCUUCCUCAUCUUUCCUUCCAAGGUCAAUGAUGGCCAAUUUAACUGUCGAUCUAUUCGGUCACUCCGUCAACUUGUUUGAAGUUGGGGGCAGAGUCGAAGGCUUGGAAUACUUCUUGGAAUCCUACUUUGGACCAAACGGCUAUUUCAGUGAUAACGAAGCAACUGACUCAAAUGAGCAAACUGUCAAAGGGAUCAGCAGCAGAAAAAUGAAAAAUAUUGAGAAUCAGUUUGGAUCGGCAAUGGAUGAACUGAAGGGGGCACUUUACACAAGGGUUUUUGGAAACGAACUUGGUUAUGCCCGUCUAGAUGGAAAGAAGUCGUUGUUUGGUGAAGAGAUCAACGUUCUAGAAUUGCUUAUCAGUAUGUCCAAUAACCAUGACUAUACAUUAACACAAAACUUCAUGUUCAUGGAUAGCAGCAUGAUCAUUCCUACCAGUUCCGGCUUCCCAUUAAACCUUACGGUAAAUGGAACCGCUACUGUUGACAUGAAGGCAUCCGGUAAAAUGGAUUUGAGAAAGGUCGCCACGAGUCCAAGAAGCGUUUUAAUAACUGGUUCUAUCCAGCCAAGCGCUGCCCUUGAAGUAUCAAGUAUGAUGAGCGUAGAUGCCUUCGUCACAAAGAGCGGCAUGAAAAUGGUUUCAAAUCUGCACACAAGUACUGCAAUCCAAGGAAAGAUUGAGUUGGCUGAUGGCCGUGUUUUGGAGAUGGAACUGGACAUGCCUCGCAAAAAGAUGGAAAUCGUCAAUUUCAAAACUGCCUUUUUCACCGUUCACAAUGACCUUCACCGUGAACAAGAGAUGAUAACAGAAAACAAACAAGUCCAUAAGGUUUGUACAGGACAAACCAUGACCAAAGUGACUGGUGUUCAGCUUUGUGGAGAAGUCCAGUUUUCUAAUGCCUCAAUGAAAACGGACGCUCCAUACUUUCCCCUCACGGGUCCAAUAAAGAUGGAAAUCGACCUCACAAAGAAGGACACCUUGACAAGCUACAAAUUUGAAGCCAAAUUUGUGAAGACCAGGAAAAGCUUAGCUGCAAAGAUAGCAUUCGACACUCCCGGAUCUUUAGUGGAAAGAAAUAUUGGAGUUGACUUUCUGUUGAACAAUGUGGACAAAUCUAUCACAAUGGAUUUGGUUUCUCCGUGGAUGAAGGCUGGUGCAUCCGCAUCCCUGACGAAUGAACGAGGACUAAAGAGAGUGCAAGGCCGACUUAGUGUUGAUGCCAACAAAGAGUUUUUAGUGAAUGCGGAGGUCAGACAAGGCCGAAAAGGUUCCGCAUAUGUCUACACACCAUCUUUUACAAUAACAAUACCCGGCAAAGAUAACAUCAACCUGGGUGGCUCCAUUGAAAAUCUCCCAUCCAAGUCGGUUGAAGGUGACCUUACAUUUACUGGUAUCACAGCCGAACCUGUCAAGGGUAGAUUUUCCCUCCAGAACAAAAAAACCAUACGAUCACUAAUGGGUGGCAUCAGUUUCACGAAAGGAAAGGAAUACAGUGCCGUAGCUCGUAUCCAGACAACAGGGACUGCAAAAGCGAUAAAGUAUAGGCCAUAUUUAUCUAUUCGCACUCCAGAAAAGGAAGUUGUCGCGUUUGGUGGCACUGCAGAGCACAGGAAGGGAAAGUCAGCUUUAAUUGAUUUUACUCUCAGCAAGAUUGUUUCUAAGGACAUCAAACUGUUUGUCAAAGUCAGGAAUUUGGGUAACAAGAAAACAAUGAGGUACCAGACGAAGGUGGAUGUCAGAACGCCCUACAUUACCACCAAGGUCCAAUCCAAUGUUGUGCUCAGAGGUGGAAAGGCCCUGAUAACUCGAGCUACCGUAGACUACGUCGUCCCACGGGUGAUUCGAGACAAAAUCACAUUCAACGGGAAGGCUAACCUUGCGAUGACUAAAGCUCUGAAAAGGAUAAAGGGAACAAUAAACACCGUUUUCAAGAAGAGACCACAGUUUAAUAUCGGUGCCACUGUAGAUGCAAGUCAGACCAGAAAAUCAACUGGACUACAAUUUAACUUGGUCUAUGGUGCAAACCGGAAAGACAAGACAAGAACUAUUUCACUGUCCUCAACUGUUAGACACCAACGUUUAACCUGGUUGGAAUCUACUUUAGCUGCUGAUUUUGAUCUGAAGCAUCUCGGAAUGGGUGUCGAUUUGGGAUUUCAAGGCCGUCAUACACAUAACCGAAAACAGCUGGAAACCACUGCAACAUUCUUACCUGGUAAAGAGAAUGAAUUGUCUACAACUCUUCGAUUAAAGAACAAGAGCAAGACUACCAAGAACUUGUCGGGUGCUAUGACCUUUUCAUAUGGCGGGGAAAAUAUUGAGGUAGGUAACGAUUUGAAUGAAGGAACCGACGGAGAGUUUACAAACACUCUCACGGCACAAUGGGCGAAGUCAAAGAGAAAUACAAUCAUCACAACAUUCAGACUACCGUCUUCAAAGGAACUGAUUGGCUCUGUUGAUGUCAAUCUAGCAGACAUGAGACGUGUGCGAAUUGCUGGCCAGUACGUUUUUGCGCCAAGGAAUAUGAGUGUCAACACCGAAGUCCGGCUGGCCAAGGACAAGUAUGCACUUUCAACGUCAUAUCAAUUCACUGACGCAAAAGCAAGCGUGAGCACAAACGUAGAAUUACCAACCAGGCAUAUUACAUUCGAGGCUGACAUGAAAAGAAAAUCUCCGAUUUACUCUGUUAGAACCAAACUUCUUUGGGAUGCUGACAAUGAUGUUACUAAAGGCGUCCAGCUGGAUGGACAAGCAACGGUUGCGGAUAUCAACACUAUAGAUGUUAACCUUAACAGCAAGUCACCUCUUGGCGCAUACAUUGUAAACCUGAAACAUCGUGGAGGUAAUAAGUACAUAUCUCACGCUGACGUAGAAUGGGACGGAUCCAAGCGCAUUACUGUGGACACGACCUUCAGUAACAAGAAGAACAAUAACUAUGCAGGAACCCUCCAGAUCACCACCCCAUUCCGUGGCUACCGGUCUGUUGCUGUAGAGGCAUCACAUGUUACUGACAACUCUCAAUACUCAACAAACCUCGAUGUCAACUGGAAGCCCAUCAAGAAAAUUUCGACUACAAUAAUACUUCAGAGACCGAUCUCCUUGACAAAUUUGGAAGGUGAGAUCGUUCUAAAAACUCCAGUAAAAGGAUUUCAACGAACAACAGUUGCAGUCAACCACAAGUUAACAGACAAAUUAUCAACUAUGGGUAAAUUUACCUGGAACAAGAAUUUGGUACAAUUAAACAUUGAUGGCGCUAAUAAAGGAACAACAACGACUCGAGAUAUAACCGGACGUGUCAGUAUCAAGACAACUCUCCCGCAGGUGGGUUCUAUGUACAUUGGUGGAAGACAUUCUGAUGAUGGUAGGAGAUUUUCCAACAACUUCAACAUGAAUAAGGACGGUCAGGGUCUCGCAUACGAAGGGGAGAUGACACACGAUAGAUCUGGUUGGUCGGUACAGAAUAAUGGGCGAUUUUCUUUGACGGCGUUGUCACACUCAAUGCAGUCUGCGUGGAAUCACGAAAACACCCCAACAACCAUUAGAACUAAUUUCAAUGGGAAUUAUGGAGGUCAUAAUAUUGACUUUGAUAUCAACUCAGACCACAAUCUUGCCAUUGAACAGGGAAUCGGAUCGCUGAGUGUGCAGUUGAGAGGAAAUGUCCUGCCUACUUUUGGAGUAUCUAUCACCCAUGAGCAUGCCCGUGGAUUAAUAAACAACGUCCUGGCUAUUCAACACAAUGAAGAAAAUGUAAUAUCAAUAAAAAAUAAAUAUGGAAGAGAGAACGGACAUGUCAGUUCUGUCCACACAAUUGAAUUGAUGAAAAACUUAUACACAGCAAGACUCGACUCUCAGUACAGCGACUAUCCAUACAGUGGAACUGUUCAUCUAGAAUGGGCGCCAGCAAAGAGCAUCACAUUAUCCGCCAGUCUAGACCGAGCCAAUGGUCUGUUCAGUGGAAGAAUGAAUCUGCAGUCACCAGUUAUGACAAACAUCGCCAUUACCUUAAACCAGAACAAAGAAGCGAUGGAACUUAUCAACACUGCAUCGGUUCAGUACGGAUCAACAAAAGUUGUUUCACUAGAAAACCGCAUGAGAAUGGAUAACAACAAACGUAUCUUCCUUCUCAUCACAUCAGAACUGGAAGAUGCACGAAGACUUGAGACAAACUUUGAAUUGACUGGUGAUAUGAACGCGUUCCAGGCAGCAGCUUACUUCGAAUUACAACCUCUUCUUUCAAGGAUGUCAGCAUCAUCACAAUGGAACAUGCAAGGGGACAUAAUUGGAAACCUCAGGGUGGAUACACCAUUUGCUGUUCUUCCAUACAGUCAGGUCACAAUUACAAGUAAAUCACAAGGGGAUGAAAGGAUUUCUGUGAUAAACAUCGAAUUCCUUCCAAGUCGCAAUGUAAAAUUGGAAAGUUCAUACAAAAUUCUGCCUGGUGAUUUACUUGGAAGCUUAGCUCUUACCACUCCAUUCGAAAAAAUUCCUCGUGUAGCAGCCACAGGAAAGUUCACGGGAAAUGGAAGGCGUUUCCGUUCCAGUAUCACACUAGAAGAUAUCCAUGGACAAAAGUACGAGGCAAAGUCCAGAUUUGGAUAUGGGCGUAGACUGACUGGUGAACUGUCCCUCAAAGCUCCUCAUAUAAAUGACAUCGUUGCUAUGAUUAACCACGAAGCAAACG